UUUUCUUGCCCAUCAACCCUUACGCCUCUCAUCUACAACAGCACGCUUCUCACGUGCUGUCUCGCCGCUCGUUCUUGUCGCUCCGGUGACUCUUAUAUAGCUAAGUUGAAACAGAUGGCGAUAUCCGCGCUAGCAGCGCAAUCCGCGCAGGCUGGGCUCCGAUUGUCCUCGAGUAAUGACGCGCGAUCGCAAACGCUCUCCGCCAGCCACGUCAGGGCUGCCAGCGUCGCAGGAUGGUGUAAGCAGAGCGAUCUCAACGGAUCACGGCUGGAGGCAGCGUCGCAAAGCGCGACGGCGCGUAGCACACCGGUUCAGCGACGCUCGAUAGUGUCAGAAGCUGCUUCUGGCACGACCGCAACAACGCCAGACAAGGCCAUCGCUAGGGCUCCCCCGGGCGUCCUUCGCCACACGGUCUCCGUGUUUGUCGGCGACGAGAGCGGCAUGAUCAACCGCAUCGCGGGCGUGUUCGCGCGGCGCGGCUUCAACAUCGAGUCGCUUGCCGUCGGGCUCAACAAGAACAAGGCACUGUUCACCAUCGUCGUCUCCGGGUCGGAGCGCGUGCUGCAGCAGGUGAUGAAGCAGCUGUACAAGCUAAUCAACGUGCGACAGGUGGACGAUCUGACUCACGAGAGCCGCGUGGACCGCGAGCUGAUGCUCAUCAAGCUGGCAGUGACGCCGCAGCAGAGAUCCGAGGUGCUGGAGCUGGUGCAGAUCUUCAGAGCUCGCGUCGUGGAUGUUGCUCCCAGCUCCAUCACCGUUGAGGUCACAGGCGACCCCGGCAAGAUAGCGGCCUUUCAGCGCGCCACCAGCAAGUUCCCUCUCAAGCAGCUGGCGCGGACAGGCAAGAUCGCUCUGCGCAGGGAGAAGGACGAGCGGGUGUACUUGGUCCCUCUGGGUGGCGAAGUGACGACCGACGUGGAGGACGACAUCGAGGCCGCCCGGCAGGCUGCUGCUCUGGCGCUGGCUGGGCGGCGGACUGUGGCGAAGAGGCAGAGCGCCGCUGCUGCUAACGCCGACUCCGACGCGUCCGAUGGCGACGUGUAUGCAGCAUCCACAGAGGGCGACGCUGUGUGGUACCCGCCUGUGCUGACGCCCACGUGGGGCAACGAGGACCCUGACCACUUCGACACCAUGGAGGGCGGCUAUCAGCCGCACACCCUCUCCCUGCUCGUCACCGAUACUUCCGGCGUUCUCAACCACAUCACCGGAGUCUUUGCUCGCCGUGGUUACAGCAUCCAGAGUCUGGCAGUGGGCCCAGCGGAGAAGGCAGGGGAGUCGCGCAUCACGAUGGUGGUGCCGGGCACAGAGCAGUCGAUUGGCAAGCUGCUCAGGCAGAUCCUCAAGCUCAUUGAAGUGAUUGAUGUGGAGGACCUCACGUACAUCCCGUACGUGCAGCGCGAGCUCAUGCUCAUCAAGGUGGCGGCAGGGAGGGGCGAGCCCCGCCGCGAGGUGAUGGACAUCGCAUCGGUCUUCCGGGCACGUGUCAUCGACAUCUCCAGGCGCACAAUGACACUCGAGCUCACCGGAACCCUUAAGAAGAUGGCAGCGCUGCAGGGGCUGCUGGAAGACUACAGCAUUCUCGAGGUGGCGCGCACGGGGCGCGUUGCAUUGUCCAGGGACAGCGGGGUGAGCACGGAGUAUCUGGGACAGAUGGAGCCGCAGCACUCCAUCUUCUGAGGUUCCUGUAGUGUAACACACAUUUCGGCACACACUGCAGCAUGCUAGUGGGUCUACAACAGCCACGCCAUCUGUCAGGGGGUAGUGGGUGGGGUCAGGUCAGCAGCACAGCGAAGCGAGCGCAGAGUAUCUGGGGCAGAUGGAGCCGCAGCACUCCAUCUUCUGAGGUUCCUCCUGUAGUGGAACGCACAGUGCAGCAUGCACCUGGGUUUACAGCAGCCAUUUGUCAGGGGGUAGUGGGUGGGGUCAGGUCAGCAGCACAGGGGGGUGAGCAAGGAUUAUCUGGGGCAGAUGGAGCUGCAGCACUCCAUUUUCUGAGGCUCCUGUGGUGAAACACGUAUUGCGACUGCAUGUUGGAAUGGGUCUAAACCCGAAAACCUACUACAUUGUCCAGAGACAGUGGGGUCAGCAUGGUGUAUCUUCUGGGCUGGCUGGCUUUGAGAUGUCUCAGAAUAGGGUUGAAUGAUACUGUAUGUUUGCAUGGGAAAUGCCAGGAGGGAUUUGCUUGGUUUUUGUGGAAUGGGGCUCUCCAAGAGGUGAAACGUUAUGGGCUACGCGUCAUAAAGCCACCAGUCCUAACCACUGGGACAAGAAGGGGUAUUCUCAGGAGAGUAAGAGCGUGUUCGUACCAGCCUCUUCUCAGGCUAUCCUCUUCCCAAAAUCGGCCCUCGCCUGAUAGCGUGUUCUAAGAGCUGCUUUUCCAGCUAAUUCAUUUUAGAAUCGCCUUCUUCACCGCAAUGAAUCAGCUCUAGUCAG